AUGAUCCCGUGGUCGAGCACACAAAAUGCCCUCAUCCUGACGCCGUAUCUACUACUGUCUGGCAGAGAAAAUUUUAUUGAUUCCAGUGUCAACCUAAGAAGCACAAUCAACGAAGAGCAACAAAAUACAGAGGACGCCAUCAAGAUGACCACCCACAAGCUCCCUCCGACCCACGAGUCACAUACGUCGCUGAUACUGAAGGAAUCUAUCCACAGACCCUUCGAUCUAAUCUCAGAAAUACUCAGGCCUAUCUGGCUCCGGGUUGUCAAAGACGAACGCUACAAUCUCAGACGCCGUCUCUACGAUAGGGCAAGACUAUAUGAGAAGCACAGGCCAAGCAAGUGUAACAUCCAAAAAGACUGGAUCAAGCGCUACAAGGAGAACGAGGAACUCGAGUUCGCUCUCCUGCAGCGAAUCAACUGCCUGGAAAGGGUCAGAUACAGACACAGUAUUGAGCCAGAAAAUCCCUUCCAGCAUGUCCCGGGGCCCUCGGAUCCGAAACGUCAAGUCUCCCUUGCAGAGGAGCAUUACUACCGGUGCCAGAAGGCAUGGAAAUCGUUGACCCUUGAAAAACCAUCUGGCCCUAUCAUCGAUGAGUUUGACUUCCUCCAGCAUCACAGAAAUGAAGAGGGCCAGACUUUGGCAUGGGAGGAGGACAAGCUCAUGUGCGCCUCGCUUGGUGGCUGUUGCGGUCGCAGAUGUAGAUGCUGUGAGAGACCUCUCCGUCACUAUCUCUUGCCUGAGGGCGAUCAGAAGGAAAUGAUUGGAUUUCAUGGCCACUGUACCGCCGAAUGUGGUUGCUGCAUGCGUUAUCGAGGAUUCUACCGACCAGACUCACGCCUCAAAGCCCUUGAUCCCGAACUGGCAUCGAGGAUUGCGGGAUACUUCCGCAGCUCAUACGUUGGAGACAAUUAA